CUUAAUAUGACACCUGGACUGUGGGUGAGUUUAUUGUCAAAGAAUUUAAUCUUCUGAAGUCAGUCAUUUUGUAGAGCUGUGAUAUGUGGUCACAUCAUGUUGGAAAGACUAGAAUUUAAGAAUUAGGAUAUAAAUAAUUUUUGUUUCAUUCAUCUUUACUCAGAAUAUAUUUGGAUGAUGGCAUUUUCUUUACAUGUGUUGGUGAUACCAACUUUAAUCGUUGGCUUUUGUUCUGCUGAGGGGUUUAUCAUGGGAUCUGAAUCAACCAAUGCAACUGGUACACUGACAUCUGAGCCUGUUGAAGCAACUACUCCAUCUGAAACAUCUGCAUUCCCUGACUUAUCAAUCUCACAGCAAGCUGAUACUACUUUACAAUCUAAACUAACAACUCCUGCAGAGUCUGGAAAAACUGAAGCUGUAGGCUCUACCAUGUCACCAGAGCUAACCACUCUUGUUGGCUCAACAACCUCUGACAGUGCUGUGUCAACAUCAGGAUCUGACCUGACCACUACAGAUAGAAUUGUAACAUCUGAGCCUGUUGUAAAAAGCACUCCAUCUGAAACAUCUGCAGUCCCUGACACAUCAAAAUCCCACCAGGAUGAAACUACUUCACAAUCAAAACAAACAACUCCUUCAGAACCUGGGAACACUGAAACUGUUGGUUCUACCUUGUCACCACAGCCACCCACUGUUGUUGGCUCAACAACAUCUGACAGUGCUGGGCCAACUUCAGGAUCUGAACCAACCACUACAGAUAGCAUUGUAACAUCUGAGCCUGUUGAAACAACCACUCCAUCUGGAAAAUCUGCAGUCCCUGACACAUCAACAUCCCACCAGGAUAAAACUACUUCAGAAUCUCAACAAACAACGUAUUCACAACCUGGAAACACUGAAGCUGUAGGCUCUACCUUGUCACCACAGCCAACCACUCUCGUUGGCUCAACAACAUAUGACAGUGCAGGGUCAACGUCAGGAUCUGACCUGAUCACUACAGAUAGCAUUGUAACAUCUGAGCCUGUUGAAACAACCACUCUGUCUGACACAUCUGCAGUCCCUGACCCAUCAACAUCACACCAGGCUGAAACUACUUCACAAUCUCAACAAACAACUCCUGCAGACUCUGGAAAAACUGAAGCUGUAGGCUCUACCAUGUCACCAGAGCCAACCACUCUUGUUGGCUCAACAACAUCUGACAGUGCUGGGUCAACGUCAGGAACUGACCUGACCACUACAGAUAGAAUUGUACCAUCUGAGCCUGUUGAAAAAAGCACUCCAUCUGAAUCAUCUGCUGUUCCUGACACAUCAACGUCCCAUCAGGCUGAGACUACUUCACGAUCCCAACAAACAACUCUUUCAGAACCUGGGAACACUGAAGCUGUAAGUUCUACUAUGUCACCAGAGCCUACCACUCUUGUUGGCUCGACAACAUCUGACAGUGCUGCGUCCUCAUCAGGAUCUGACCUGACUACUACAGAUAGCAUUGUAACAUCUGAGCCUGUUGUAAAAAGCACUCCAUCUGAAACAUCUGCAGUCCCUGACUCAUCAACAUCACAGCAGGCUGACACUACUUUACAAUCUAAACAAACAACUCCUGCAGAGUCUGGAAAAACUGAUGCUGUAGGCUCUACCAUGUCACCAGAGCCAACCACUCUUAUUGGCUCAACAACAUAUGACAGUGCUGGGUCAACGUCAGGAUCUGAACCGACCACUACUGAUGGUAUUGUAACAUAUGAGCCUGUUGAAACAACCACUCUGUCUGAAACAUCUGCAGUCCCUGACACAUCAACUUCCCAUCACGCUGAAGCUACUUCACAGUCUCAACAAACAACUCCUUCAGAACCUGGGAACACUGAAGCUGUAGGCUCUACCAUGUCACCAGAGCCAACCACUCUUGUUGGCUCAACAACAUCUGACAGUGCUGGGUCAACGUCAGGAUCUGACCUGACCACUACAGAUAGCAUUGCAACAUCUGAGCCUGUUGUAAAAAGCACUCCAUCUGAAACAUCUGCAGUCCCUGACUCAUCAACAUCACAGCAGGCUGACACUACUUUACAAUCUAAACAAACAACUCCUGCAGAGUCUGGAAAAACUGAAGCUGUAAGCUCUACCAUGUCACCAGAGCCAACCACUCUUGUUGGCUCAACAACACACGACAGUGCUGGGUCAACGUCAGGAUCUGAACCGACCACUACUGAUAGUAUUGUAACAUAUGAUCCUGUUGAAACAACCACUCUGUCUGAAACAUCUGCAGUCCCUGACACAUCAACUUCCCAUCACGCUGAAGCUACUUCACAGUCUCAACAAACAACUCCUUCAGAACCUGGGAACACUGAAGCUGUAGGCUCUACCAUGUCACCAGAGCCAACCACUCUUGUUGGCUUAACAACAUCUGACAGUGCUGGGUCAACGUCAGGAUCUGACCUGACCACUACAGAUAGCAUUGCAACAUCUGAGCCUGUUGUAAAAAGCACUCCAUCUGAAACAUCUGCAGUCCCUGACUCAUCAACAUCACAGCAGGCUGACACUACUUUACAAUCUAAACAAACAACUCCUGCAGAGUCUGGAAACACUGAAGCUGUAGGCUCUACCAUAUCACCAGAGCCAACCACUCUUGUUGGCUCAACAACAUCUGACAGUGCUGGGUCAACGCCAGGAUCUGAACCGACCACUACUGAUGGUAUUGUAACAUCUGAGCCUGUUGAAACAACCACUCUGUCUGAAACAUCAGCAGUCCCUGACACAUCAACCUCCCAUCACGCUGAAGCUACUUCACAGUCUCAACAAACAACUCCUUCAGAACCUGGGAACACUGAAGCUGUAGGCUCUACCAUGUCAUCAGAGCCAACCACUCUUGUUGGUUCAACAACCUCUGACAGUGCUGUGUCAACAUUAGGAUCUGACCUGACCACUACAGAUAGCAUUUUAACAUCUGAGCCUGUUGAAACAACCACUCUGUCUGAAACAUCUGCAGUCCCUGACACAUCAACAUCCCACCAGGCCGGAACUACUUCACAGUCUCAACAAACAACUUCUUCACAACCUGGGAACACUGACGCUGUAGGUUCUACUAUCUCACCAGAGCCAACCACUCUUGUUGGCUCAACAACAUAUGACAGUGGUGGGUCAACGUCAGGAUCUGAACCAACCAAUACAGCUGGUACUGUAACGUCUGAACCUGUGGAAACAACUAUUCCAUCUGAAACAUCUGCAGUCCCUGGCUCAUCAACAUCCCAGCAGGCUGAUACUACUUUACAAUCUCAACAUACAACUCUUGCAGUGUCUAAGACAACUGAACUUGUUGGUUCCACCAUGUUCACAGAGGCAACCAGUCCAGGCUUUUCAAUAUCUUCUGAUAGCAUAGGAACAUCAGGAUCCGAACCAACCAAUCCAGCUAGCCCUGUAACUGAGCCUGUUGGAACAGCCGUAACAUCUCAAACAGCUGCUUCAAAAGAUCCGUUAACGUCACAACAGACUGAGACCACAGUUUCAGAAGCCACAUCCUCAACACCAAAAUCCUUGACAACAAUGUCAGAAAUUACAACACUGAAGCCUUUUAAUUGUCAAAAUGGCGGUACUUUUAAUGGAUACAACUGCACAUGUCUUCUUGGGUUUUCUGGACAUCUAUGUGAAAAGGUUCUACCUGUUGUGCCAGAUACAGUUGAUCAAAAAGUUAUCGUUACAGUGGUGAUCAGUGAAGAAUACCUUGAAGAGUACAAGGACAAAUCAUCAACUGAAUAUAAAACCUUUGUGAAAAACUUUCAAGAAACGAUGAACAACAUGUAUAAAAUGGUACCACAUUUCCAAGGAGUUAUUGUGACAAGUUUAAGCCCGGGAGGUUCUGCUAUAAUAGCAAAUCCUACUAUGAAAGAGGCAAGAAGAUCAGUCGAAGCAGAGGCUUUCCACUAUGCAGCAAGAACAGAUGGUAUCAACGUCACACAUGAUGUGGUUUUGGAAAUUCCAAACAAUUACUCUGUACAACUAUAUGGGAAUAGUUUUGAAGCUGUCAAAAAAGUAAUUAAAAGCCUGGAAAAUUGUACAUCAGAUUUUAACUAUACCAUCACGCAUGCUACAUUCGCUAAAACAGAGCUAGAUAGGCAAGCUGUAUGUGAAAAAACACUGGAGAACACGGACUUUGCUGAAUACUACACUUUUUAUGAUGAUGGUGAUGGAAGAAUCAUUUGUAUUAACAGAUGUGACAAAAGGCAUAACGACAAUAAAAUAUGCAAAAAUGGGGGUAACUGUACACUCUACAGAGAUCUGGGAGAGGUCUGCAAGUGUCAUAAUGUGGAUUCCAUCUGGUACUUGGGCAGUGACUGUGACAUGCCUAUACACAAGACUCCUUUUUAUGCAGGGUUAAGUGUGACCCUUGCUGCCAUGUUGAUUCUAGUGGGAGCCCUGGCUGCAUAUGCUGUUAUCAACAAACGCAAACAAAAAAAAAAAAAAGACAUCAAACAAAAACUGGUGAAUGAGUGGCUGGAUGAUGACUAUCAAUGGACCAGAUCUACAAGCCCAGUCACACAUGGAGCUAAAAAGGAAUCUGUCAUGUAUGGGAUCCAGCAGUCACAGCCUUUCACAUAUGGCAGCCAUCGGUCCAGCCCAUCAGUAGGCAUGUGUGCACAGCCACAGAACAUAGAGUUUUCUAAACGUGCCUAUACCAAGCCUGCCAGUUCCCCCUUACAAACCUUGGAUUUCCAAACAAAUCCGCCGAUGAGGAUCAUCAGACCUCAAACCCGGUCAUCGUGGGAUGUCUAGUCACGACAUUUACAACAUGUGUUUUUGUCUACUUACAAAAUUACCUAGAUCUAACUUUAUUGUAUCUGUCUCUGGAUAUAUGUUUAGAUGCUAGAUUAUAGCUGUUAGUUCUGUAGCUUGUUUUGUUUAGGGAUCUCUUGAGAUAGUUGUUGAAAGCAUUACACAUUUAACAAACCAUGAUUGAAAUCUAAAAAUAAUUUAACUUGUACAUCACAAAGUUUGAUUGAAUUGCUUUCCCUUGCAAUUAGGCAAUUCAUAUCUUUCCAUGAAAUGUGAAAAUGCAAAUGUUAUGGUUUGGCCAAUAUUCUCUCAUCUCAGACCAUUUAUUGCCUUCAAACAAGGCAAGAAGCAACAGCAACUGAUUACACAAAACCAACAAAUAAGGUACAAUCUUGAAGAUUGUUUCUAGUGUGCAAAUCCAUUCUAAUAUACAUGGCUUGAUCCUCCAGAAUAUUCAUUAGCUUACACAUUAUAUCACAUAAUACAUACAUGUAGAAACAUUUUGCAGAUACCUUAUAUAAAACAUAUUUUCUAAAUCACCUUGUAAUUAUAGUAACCACUGUAUUAUACUUAGUUGUAUACUUUAUUUACAGAUUGUAAAUUGUAGGAAUACCCCUUGGGAAGUCCAAUUGAUACAUCCCAGUUCAGUCCAAAUCUAAUUCAUUUUCAUAUCAAGAGAGCUUAUCUAACAUAUGUCAAUUCAAAUUUAAAAUCACUUAACAAUCCAGUGGUACACAGAGAACAACAUUACAAUAUAGAAGUUUACAAAAAGCUGUUGAUGGUAAAAAAAUGGCUUGUACAGAAUCUUUUCUUCAGUUUAUUUCCAUAUCCUGAGUUAUCCAUUUCCAUAUCCAAGUCAGAUGAUGGGGCACAUUAUUCAAAUUUUAAAGAAAAUCUAUAAAACUACUCAGCACAUAGAAUAUACUAUUAUCACUAAAUAUUCUGUGGUCAGAAUAGUUGUAACAAAGGUCUUGCUUCUAUUUGGUGUAGAUCAGUGACUUGGAUUUGGUGAUUAGAUGUUUUAAGAUCAACAAAAUAGGAAAAAUGUGUUUGUGGACCUAUCAAAAGUGUUUAAUGCUAUAUAAAAAGUAAACACACAAAGAUUGAUGAGUAAAUCAAGAUUGUAAUUUUCAGUUAAUGAUGAUAGCAAUGUGAGACAAAAUAUGGAUGAAAGCACAACACGUACAAGUAUUAAUUUGUAGGAUGCUAAUGAAUAAAGUUCUUGUGAUGCACAAAUGUAUUGUCAUCGCUUUAAAAUGAGUUCCUGUUGAUGUUUAGUUUUCACUGUAUUUAUAAUCUAGGUGUCAUAUAGGAUUUACAUUUCACUGUAUAUGCUUUUGUUAUUUAAUAGCUAUACAUCUCCAAGUUGGCAGGGGUCUGUAACCUUUGGCUACAGAUUCACAAGUUCAUAAUUGGUCCUUCCACAAGGGCUCUAAAUAAUCUUGGCUAAACAUAAAAGACAGCCAACUCCUAUUCAAUCUUAACUUUUCUCUUAUUCUGGCAUCUCUUAAUUGGCUUCCUGUUAAAUCAAAAAUAGAAUUAAAAAUUUCACUUGUCACAUAAUUAUCAAGCUUCAUCUUACAUCAGAGAUCUGAUUGCUUGGAUUUUCCCGCCUUUAACUUUUUUCUCCUUUUUAUCUCUAAGCCAAAACUACAGAAAUUUGGAUUUAUCUAUUUAUUCCCAUGUGGACUAUUUUAGUUUUCAGCUAAAUCACGCAAGAUGCCUCUUUAAACUAACCUGACCCUAGUCAGAUG